AUGGAUGAGUCUCAGUUGUCUAUAACACUUUGCGGUGCCCUGCUCAUUCUGCUUGCUAUGCUAUUUCACUUAAUAGCGCCGUGCCCCUCUUCAUGCAUGGUAUGCUCUGAAGAAGUUACUCUGUGCCAAGGGUUAACAUAUAUACUAGCUGCUCCUGUAUCUACCCAAGCUUUGAUUAUUACUGAUGGAAGUAUCACUUCAGUAGAAGGGUUUAACCUCUCUUUCCUACUUAAUGCAACUUUCCUAAGCCUCAGUACUAAUGGGAUUAAAGCAUUUAAUGAUGAUGCCUUCCUUGGACUUAGAACACUGAAGACUUUGCUGCUGGACCAGAACCAAAUAUCAAGCUUUUCUAUCACAUACAGCACGUUUCAUGAACUUCAGAAGCUUCAGGUGCUGGUGCUCAGCAACAACGUUUUAAGUACCAUUUAUGGCACCUGGUUCAAGAACAUGAAGGCUCUUAUUAGACUCCAUUUAAAUGGAAAUCAGCUUACCAGCAUCAAUGCUGACAGCUUUGAGAUGGCAAAUCUUGGCAACCUCAGAAUCCUGGAUCUAUCAAACAAUUUCAUUAACUCUAUUGCAAAGAGAGCCUUCCAUGGCCUGCCUCAGCUGAUAGAAAUAGACCUUUCUAGAAACAGGCUAGCUCUUAUCCCUGACACAUUUUCUCCACUUGGUCAAUUAAAACUUCUUAGCCUGGACCAGAAUUGGUGGAACUGCACAUGCAAACUUUAUGAUUUAGCUUCCUUUCUAAGGCAAUAUGUGAAUUCAUCAAAAAUACUCAGAAAUCCUGAAAAUAUGAACUGCACAGCUUCUGAAAACCCAUCGGUAACAAAUCUGCUUCAACUCACAAAGAUCAACUUUGUAGUCUACUUGUCUGAACAAGAUAUUUGUAAUGGUUGGUUUCCAACAUGCUACAGGAAUCAACGCUCACAUGCUUAUCGAGCAGUGUCCUCUCCUACGCCUGGAGGUGCUGGCCUCACUUGCCUAGCUUUAGCCUUCUUUAACAGGAAACUUCAGUCUGACACAGUAAAUGGAUGCCCAUCAGAAAAUUGCUGUUGCCGAGUCCUAGACGGAUCUCAAUGUGAUCAUGAGCCAAGAAAUUACCUCACUAAGAGAUACUGUAACUGCCACUUAACUUGGGAAAAUGAAAUAAAAGUUAUGUCGAGGUUGGGUGCUGGUGAGGAAAUGCCAUAUUUACAGAAAAAUAGUUGUCAAGAAACAAUAGAGCCAGAGUGUAAGUGUGCAGGCCCAAAAACCCCAUUUGGAAGCAUUCAAAGUAAGAAUGAACCAACGGAAAACAAGCAUUUCUUAUGCUUUAAAUGUAAACUGCUUCAAUCUUUCCCUCAAGAAGCUUCCCAGAAUAUAGAAGUACCUCAUGAAACAGAGUUAGCACUGCAAAAAUAUUUCCAAAGAACUCAACAUUUAGAAAACUCUGGGCAAUCAUUAAAUGCAAGAUUAAAAGAUGAUACGACUUUCAAUCAAGGAAUCAGAAGUGACACACGGCAAGGAGGACGUUCAAAGCCUGUCUGUGCUUUGGUACCGGAGAAGCUUGGGGAACAUUUAGCAAAUGAGUUGUGUCAGUCUCUUUCUCAGACUGAGUGUGAUGACUGCUUCAAGCCUUACAAGCAAAGGCACCUAAUUACAGCCUUGUCAUCGACAACAGAAGAGUCCAAGGAACACUGUGUGCAAGCGGCAUUAGAACACCAGAGAUCACAAUGUGAAUUCUUAGCAAGGAGCAGGAAUAUUUCUCCACAACUAGACCACUUCCUUAUCUCUAAAUGCAUAUACUGUGAUAAAAAUCAAAAUUGCCCAAAAGUAAUGGAAGAGAACCAUGGCAAAACCAUAAGAUUGGAGGCAGAAGAGAGUGAAGAUAAGGGCACAAGAUCAGCUGGCUGCCGUAUGAAUGCUGAAAAUAUCCCUUUAUCACCAGCAAUCAAGAAAACCAAGAAACCCAAGCAGGUUAGUUUUUACACACCUGAACUGGCAACCAUAAAAAGGGCAAAUGGGACAACUAGUGAUUUAAGCGGAAAAGGAUUUCCUCAGAACAAACAAUGGCAUGAGCAGACUCAAGGAAACCAAUCUCCUAGUUGGGCACAAUUGCUUAGUGAUUCAGAAGCAAAAAUUAAAGAAAGGCAUCCAUCUUCUUUCCUUCUCGUGGAUCCUCGUAGGGAAAAAGAGAAUGAACCGAUUCAAAGGUAUAAAAUAAACACGAAAAGCCCAAAUUCAUUAACUGUGCAAUUAAAUUUACAUCUUUUCAGGAAAGGAAAAAUCCAGCCGAAGGAACUUCACCAUCAAAAAAGCUUAGAGCAACCUUUACGCUGUCAACCCAUGAGACUGCUACCUACUUCCCAGAUGGAAGAGAAAAAGGGGAAAAGAAAAAAGAAUCCAGAACAUUCAACUCAAGAGAGGUCAGAAAAGGGCAAAAAUGGUAUUUCUAACAAAGCAGCGGUUGAGGAAGUGCCUGAAGAAAAUGGCAAGGAUGCAGAAAUACCCACUUCUGCUUCUUUUCACAAUAUGCCUGCCUUGAAUAUUAUCAAGGCUUCCUCAUCAACCAAGCAUUUAAAACCUCCAAGUGCUUCACCUACAUUCUCAGUAAAUAAAACUUCAAGAAGGACUGUUCCCAUUAUCUCCCCUUCAUCUGGCCACUCACCAAAUAUUGCACCAAAUGUAACAAAUAAUAUACCUACAUUAUUGCAUUCUAAAAAGCUUAAGAGGGGCACUUCAGAUGCUGAAGUCUUGUCCUUUCAUCAGAAUUCUCUGCAAAAGGAAUCAAAAGAAAAACACCAUUGCCUUUCUUCAGCUCCUUUUAGGCAAGGAGAUGGCCUUGACUUUCAGAAACCCAGCAAUGGAGAUUAUAUGCACUCUCAGCAAAUAAUGGAAAAUAAAAUGCAUAGUGUGGGUAUAGAUCACUUCAGAGACCAACCUUUAAAAGGGCAGAAUAGAAAUUUCAUCAGGAAAGAUGAACUGGAAGGGCAGGAAAAGGUUAGUGAAUCUGAAUCUGUGCAAGAAAAUCUAUCCAGUACGGAGUCUCAAAAUGUAAUGGAAAUAUUGAACACAUACCAGAUUAUUUCAAAAAAGGAAACAGAUAGACUCCUACCACCAUUUCACUUGAGUAGCACGUUGCCUGAUUGUCAAGCCCUGAAAGAAGAACUACAAAUUAACAACCGAGAGGAAGAUGAAACCUUAACACAGCAACUGAGACCAGAUUUUAAAACAGAAAGCAACAGUGAGUUGAUUCCAAAUAUACCAUUGGACUCACCAGGUCUGAAAGAAGAAGCAGCACAAUCUGGGGAUGAAUGGGACAAUAACAAAUCCAAUGCACUGCAUAAAAAUAUUGUCAAGAUGGCCAUUAUCACUAAUACAUUCAGCAUCCCGAGUUCUUCUGAAAAUGGAAGCCUAUAUCUAAAUAGAAACAUGGAUCCUCAAAAGAAUCAUAAUGUGCAUAUGGAUAAUGACCACAAUUUGCAAAAAAAUCUGGAUAAUCCAUUUGAUGAAGACAGCACAAAACAUAAAGAAGGUAAAACGCCACUAGCUACACAUCAAGAGCCUCCUUUGUUAGCAGAGUUUAAAGACGUCAAUUAUGAGCAACGAACUGAGACAUCUUCACUUUCCUGCAAUAUAAAUAAAGCAGAAAUCUCAGUUCCCAUGCCUACACCGUCUCCCACAUCUAUUGAUUAUAAAGAAGAAUUUCCUUUGCAAAUGGAACAAAGCAAAGCAAACCUUUCAUAA